AUGCAAGGAUGUUACACCUACUGCCGCUCAUUCGCCCGCGAGCUGGUGUAUAACCUCGAGCUGCUCUUGGGGGACCUGACGCGCUUGAACGGGGCGAAGCUCUUCAAGCCCCGUUCGUGGCAGAGGGGCGCCGAGGCAAGAGAUGCGGAGUGCAAGGAGCACCUGAGCGGCCUCGUGCAACUCUUUCAGGCCAAGAACCGAGACACCAUCUUGCCUGGUGUCCAGAAGCGUGCAGCACGAGUGGAGCUGCGCACGCUUUUGCCGGGCCUCUCCACUGCCCCCAAGUAG